GUCAGCUCUGCCUCAUUGCCUGUUACUGCAGAGCUGAAGCCCGGGUCGACUCACACCAUGAGGCUGGUUCUUCCCAACCCUGGACUCGAGGACCGGAUCCCCUCUCAUGAGGAUCUGGAGAGGAUGGAGAAGGAGGAGGCUGGAGACAGGCCCAAAUGGGACAACAAAGCCCAGUACCUGCUCACCUGCGUGGGCUUCUGCGUGGGGCUCGGCAACGUCUGGAGGUUCCCCUACCUGUGUCAGAGCCACGGAGGAGGAGCCUUUAUGAUCCCCUUUCUUAUCCUACUGGUGCUGGAGGGGAUCCCACUGCUGCACCUGGAGUUCGCCAUUGGCCAACGCCUCAGGAAGGGCAGUGUGGGAGUUUGGUCAGCGAUUAACCCUUACCUGACUGGUGUUGGCAUUGCAGCCAUGACAGUGUCGUUCCUGGUGGGCAUGUACUACAACACCAUCAUUGCCUGGGUGAUGUGGUACUUCUUUAACUCAUUCCAGGACCCGUUGCCGUGGAGCCAGUGUCCUCUGAACGCUAACUUCACAGAGCCCGUUUCAGAAUGCAAGCGCAGCUCUCCAGUGGACUACUUCUGGUACAGGGAGACGCUGAACACCUCGGAGGCCAUAGAUGAUGCUGGAGGUCUGCAGUGGUGGAUGGUGGUGUGCUUGGCCGCCGCUUGGAGUUUGCUCUACGUGUCCUGCAUCAGAGGGAUCGAGACCACAGGCAAGGCCGUGUACAUCACCUCCACGCUGCCCUACGUGGUCCUCACCAUCUUCCUGAUCAGAGGGCUCACUCUGAAGGGCUCCGUGGACGGGAUCAAGUUCCUCUUCACGCCGGACCUGGAUGAGCUGAAGGACCCGUCUACAUGGUUGGAUGCGGGAGCUCAAGUCUUCUACUCCUUCUCUCUGGCCUUUGGAGGCCUCAUCGCCUUCUCCAGCUACAACCCUAUUCAUAACAACUGUGAGCAAGAUGCUGUUAUCAUCUCAAUUAUUAAUGGCUGCACUUCUAUCUACGCUGCCACCGUUAUCUACUCCAUCAUUGGCUUCCGUGCAACAGAGCAGUACGACGCCUGCCUCAACGAGAACAUCGUGAUGCUGCUGAACGCUUUCGAUCUAGCUGAGGGGGCCAUCACAGACAGCAACUACGAUGAGAUGCUGCAGAAUUUCAACAGUACGAUAGCGGGGUCAGAGGUCAUCCAAGGGCUGGACCUCAACACCUGCAACCUGAGGACCUUUCUCAGUGAUGGCGUGGAGGGAACAGGCCUGGCCUUCAUCGUCUUCACCGAGGCCAUUACAAAGAUGCCUAUCUCACCUCUGUGGUCCGUGCUCUUCUUCAUCAUGCUCUUCUGUCUUGGCCUCUCCACCAUGUUUGGAAGCAUUGAGGGAUGCGUGGUUCCUUUGCAGGAUCUCAACAUCUUCCCUAAGAAGUGGCCCAAAGAGGUGCUGACAGGAAUUGUCUGUUUCACUUCCUUCUUGAUCGCGCUCAUCUUUGCUCUGCGGUCCGGUAGUUACUGGUUGGCGCUGUUCGACGGAUACGCGGGCUCCAUCCCUCUGCUCAUUAUUGCCUUCUGUGAGAUGGUUGCUGUAGCCUAUAUAUACGGAAUGGACAGGUUUAACAGGGAUAUUGAGUUCAUGAUUGGACACAAGCCAAACAUCUUCUGGCAGGUCACAUGGAGAGUGGUCAGCCCUUUGAUUGUCUUGGUCAUCUUCCUGUUUUACUUUGUCAGUAAAGUCAGCAGUAAACUGACCUACAUCGCCUGGAAUCCAAACUCGCCCAACUUCCCAGUGAUGGACACGCUGCCGUAUCCCGACUGGGUCUAUGUUAUUAUCUUCAUUCUGGCAGGAGUUCCCAGUCUUCUCAUCCCAGGAUGCGCUUUGUACAAAUUAUUCCAAAGAUGCUGCUGCAAGAAAAGAAUCGGAAAGAAAGAGCUCAACACCGUCUCCGCCAGAAUCGACAUGCAUGACUCUUAAAGCGGGAAGGACUCCAGUCUGUGUUGCCCAAUAGAAUGUACUGUAAAUUAAAAUCCAAAUGAGGCACACAAACUGAAUCAGCACAAAUGGACCAGUGCAUAAAAUAGAUUUAUUUAUUGGUAUGGUUGGAACUGCAUAGUAUUAACUGCUUAACUUGGUUUAAUUUGUAUUUUGUUGUAGAGUUAAGGUAAUGUGCUGAUAAAUGUACACUUCCAUAUUAUUGCUGUAUAUUAAGAAACAAUUUGACUCGUUGAUUCACCAAAAACAAAAUAUAAACCACUGGAAGAAAAUACCUAAAAAUAUAUAUGAAAAAAAUAAA